UAUUUUCGGACUGAUUUGAAUUAUGCUGGCAGUGUUUACUAUUGUAAAGUAAUACUUUGGGGGGGAAAGGCUCAUUUGGGUCAAGUUUUUUGCAUAACGUGUGACAGUUUUGUUUGAUGAUGGUUUAUGUGUUGUAUUAGGAUCCCAUAAUUUUUCAUAUGUACAGAGCUUUGUACUGCUUGUUGACUGGUGUGCACUUUUAAUAACUGGCAUCCUGCUAGCAAUACACGGUAGUGUAUAAUUCAGCUCUGAAUGCUUACGUUGAAGCAGGCUCUGAGAUGUGGGGGUGGCAAGAGUAGACAGUUUGGGACUUGUAGUUCAUAGCUGUGGCUUGGAAGCAUGUAUAGGAGCACUUAGGAACUUCACAUCCCAGAGUGCUUUGCCCUUGGCCAUACAGGAAAGGGAACAGCCGGUAGCCUAUCGUUGUGGGGAGGUGUGGUGAUUGAGCAGCCGGCAGGCCAAUCGCAGAUGGGGAAGUGAAGCCAGAGCAGUGGGCUGAAAAUAGAGUGGGGGAGUUAGUAGGUGUCUGCCUGUGUGGGAUCAGGCAAGGGCUUGCAUGUGUAACUAGGGCUGCUUGGAAGUUUCCUGUCUCCAGUUGCUCCAGAGCAGGGCCCUGCCCAGACACAGAGGCAGGCAAGCAGGCAGGGGAAGACUGAGCUGACCCAGAGGGAAGUAAAAUAUUGGCUGGCCGACAGGCAAACGGGCAGACGGCAGGACGGACGGACGAGCGGCGGCUGCGAUUGGCGGCUCGGCGGCAGCCUGGUGGAAAAUGUCGUCUGGAGCUGGUGGGCGGGGAAGAUGGCAUGGGAGGACAUGCGGGGGUGCAGGCGAGGUGGAAGAAGGCCCAGUCGGUAUCCCUUUUCCAGAGCACAGUGCUGAUCUGCUGGGCAGUCUCAACCAACAAAGGCAUAGUGGGUUUCUGUGUGAUGUACUGCUAGUCGCACAGGAGAGAGAAUUCCCUGCCCACCGCUCUGUGUUGGCUUCCUGUAGCACCUACUUCCACAAGCUUUUCACCUCAAGUCUGGCUGAACGACAGAGAGUCUAUGAGCUAGACUUUGUGCGGCCUGAGACGCUGGCUGCUCUCUUGGACUUUGCCUACACGGCCACACUCACAGUCAGCCGCAACAGUGUGGUUGACAUCCUAAGUGCUGCCCGUGUGCUGGAGAUCUCACCCGUCCAAGAAGUCUGCACACACCUGCUGGACACCAAAGUGCUCUCCCCGCCGGCGGGCAGUGAGCAAGAAGACGAGGAAGUAGAGGAGCGAGGGAAAAAUGGAAAAGAGCAGGGCAUCCGGCUGCGUGCCCGGGAGUACCUGGAGUUCUUCCAAAGGGGGGAGCAUUGGGGUAGCAGCUGCAGCACGCCAGAGCUCAGGGACCUGCCCGCACACCUGCACUUUAGGCAACGGAAUGGCACUGACAUCAAUGGAACGCCCACCGGCCCUGCUGACUACUACUCCCCACUUGCCCAUGCCCUAGCGCAGCCACAUCGCGACGCUGAACAUGAUGUCGAUGAGGAGCGCCAGAAUGGAGCUUUGGCUCUUGCUCGAGGAAAAGGUGCUGAAGCUUUGAUGCCCUUUUAUGCCCCUACUCAGAAUGGACAUUUCUACCUCCAUCAGGCGGAGCCCAAAUCAGAAAGAGAGUUGGAUGUAGCGGGUGAACGGGAGCAAGGCUCGGCCACUGCUUUGCUACAACAUAUGAUGGAGCAGAAAAGGGAACAGGCCAUGGCAGGUGGGGGUGAGAAGGACAGGCCGGAGAGUGAAGAGCCGGAUGUCGAGUUUUACUUGAAGUACUUUAGUACACAGCAAGAGGAGGGCAACAGUGCCCCAAUGUCACCUAGUCUUCUACAACUGUGGCCAACGAGGAGCAGCGGAGGUGGGAACCAAGCAAGUGGAGCAGGUAACAGUGGUGAAAAGAAGAUGCGCUCUAAGGCCUACCAGAAGUGCCCCAUUUGCGCCAAGGUCAUCCAGGGUGCAGGCAAGCUUCCACGCCACAUCCGUACACACACAGGAGAAAAGCCCUACGAAUGCGCUAUCUGCAAAGUGCGAUUCACCAGGCAGGACAAGCUAAAGGUUCAUAUGCGCAAGCAUACAGGAGAGAAGCCUUACCUCUGUACCCAGUGUGGUGCAGCUUUCGCCCAUAACUACGACUUGAAGAAUCACAUGCGUGUGCACACAGGCUUACGUCCCUACCAGUGCUCCAGCUGUUUUAAAACCUUUGUGCGCUCAGACCACCUCCACCGUCAUCUCAAGAAAGACGGCUGCAACGGCAUCCCAUCCCGACGUGGCCGAAAGCCGCGCAUACGAGAUCCCGAGCUCUUGGAAGGUCCUCUGGAACUCCACGGAGCCGACGCGGACAUCGAGAGAGGGCAACAGAAUCCGGACGGGGACAGCGGAACAUCGGUCAUGGAGGAAAAUCACGGUAGUCGCGUGCACAGUCCAGUUCCUGAUGGGGAAGGUAGUGAAGAUUUGAGCUUGGGACAAAGGGACUCCAUAACUACGUAAAUUAGACUUGAUCGGAGAGGGCUUUACUCGAAAACCAGAGGAAGAAUACAAUGGGAAAAACUAAAAAACUUUUAAGCUACAUGGUCCUCUAAAAAACCAAAUCAGGGUGUGACACAAAUCUAAUUUCUUAGUUUUUCUUUAUUCUGUUUUUUAUUUGAUAGAUUUCGCAUUCCAUAUAGAGACUUAACUUCCAAGUUACUGGUCUUUUGAAAGAGCGAAGAGCACUUCAAAUCACUCACCCGUGCAGUCACCACCUUUCUGGGUCUUUUUGUUGGUAACAUUGGCAAAAUGGUUUAGCCAUGUGUGUACGAGAAAAAGCUACUAUGCAGUUUAAACAAGUUCCUCAUCUCUGGGUCGCAUCUACAAGGCCUUGACUUAAAAAAGUAGGGUGUCAAACACCUGGCUGGCUGCUGCUUCAACAGGUUAGCUAUGAAUGGUCUAAGAUGAGAUCAAGAUCUCUUUUUUUUAAUGCAAAGCGCAACAUGUACAUACACUAUGAAAAAAAUUAUAUUGUCUCAGAUUGCAAAAUAUGCAAUUUUCUGAUGCAGCACCUUUUUACUAAAUGUUCCAGAAAGAAUCAGACAGGGGUUUGAUUUAAAGUGUUACUUUCUCUAUAAGAGUUUCUUUUUUUGUGAGAAUUCUUCUUUAUGUGGUUUAAAAAAGUUAACUUAAGUCGAAUCCACAUAUAGGGGACCUCAUAUGUUUUUGGCGGAGAGAGGAUAAGAGAAGGGAUGAGGUCCUGUGUUUCUAAAGCACUACCUUUAUCCGAUCGCCACUGGGCACAAUCAUGUAAAUCUUACCUCUCACAGGCCUGCGUUUCCUUCUUAGCAGUCUUACUUGCAUUAUAUUCUGUCUUAUUUUGGGAUUGUCUUAAUAUUUUGUCAUCGUUGACGUUGAUUCUUUUGGGUACUUGACACUUUACAUUUGUAUACGUGUGUAUAUAUUAGGUUGUAAUGUUAUGAAACCCUUUAUAAGAUAUAUAUUUCAGAUAGAUAGGGUUACAGCUUCCUUUAGCUUCACUCCAGGUUUUUCAGUGAGUUCGGUUUGCAGGUGCGAUACGCUUUGUGAUGUUUUAGAGCACUAUAAUCGAGAAACACGUUUUUCCUAAACUGCACUUAAUGGAACCCAGAAGUUUCCACCCAAAGUAUGAAUUGUGACAAAAGUGCUUCGGUUUGAAUGGUUGAGGAGAAGAGUGAAACAGUAUGCAAUGGGGAGUGAGGGCGCCACUGUUACGCAAACAGUUGGGAAACAACCUAAGCAGGGAAUCUUUUAUUUGUUUGUUUGUUUUAACAGGAAAAGGAGAGACGAGCACCUUUUAAUGCAUUUGCACAGCUUUAACUAAAGAUAUCCGAGAGAGAAAUAUCUAUUAGAGGCAGUUUUGGUUGGGAAGAUAUAAAGUGCUUAUUAAUUAUUUUUUGUCCAAGGGACCACAAACUGAACUGAUAAGAUGAGCAAUAAACUAAUGUCCGAAAUGUAAGCUUAAAUAUGCACACAGCUGUAGCUUAGUUAAAAGUGAGGGUCCAGUUUUUAGGGCUUGAAAAACUAACAUUAAUGCAAUGUAUGGGAUCAAAUAUAGAUUGCAAAGAAUUUGGUAGAAAGUGACCAGAGGUCUUAACUUAUAAAGUAAAAUGUGCUUCCUUGUACGGGUAGUAAGAUAACUUAAUGUGGGGCUGAUCAAGACUGAGCUCUACCCCAAAGUCAGGACAUAUAUGAGGCCAUGGCUUGACUAAAGUGCUGCUUAUGAAGUUGGCAGAUCCUAAAAGCUGGGUGUUCUUUAUCAUGCCAGGUUGUUCGAAAGGAUAUCACCGUAUACGGUGGAACUGGAUGUGCAUUUUUGUUGUUCCGUGGUGAAUGAGAAAGAGGAUGCAAUUUUCGGUAUUGUUCCUUUUGCGGUGCUAUACCCUUGUCUUUUGCACCUUAAUGAGAAAGAAGCAAGAUUUGAAUGCACUUUGUUACUGAGAAGGGCACUUUUUAGUCAAAAGAAACGGGUACUUUGAAACAAAAAAGCAAAUGUGCUAAAAAGAAAGGAUCAUCCAAGUGGUGAUGCUUUUUUGUUCGUUCGUGUUGCUUUUAAGUCUUGACAUCGAGCUGCCAAAACAGUGCACAGUCACUUGAGAAAAGCAGAGGCGUGGGUGAAGAUAUUUUGUUGUUGGUUGGAUGAGAUGUUAACGUUAAAAAAAUAAAGAGUAAAUACCUAUCUAUUUAUGUAUACAGCUAAUCAAUAAAUGCACUUAAAAAGUAAUAAAAAGGUUCUCUAUUUUGUCGAAGAGUAGCAAAGACGUGGCAGUUUGUAAGCCAGGGUUUACAGCUACGUACUCAAAUUAAACUGUUACGUUUCGGUCAGUCCCUGAAAAGUUAUGUUGGUCAAACUAGUGUUCACCUUAAGCUAGAAGUAUAGUCCAGUUUUAACGCAUACGCGAGGAUCCGCGCAGUGCGCGUGACGCAGAUUUCGUCAUCAGAAUAGUACGCGCGCACAGUCAAAUUUUUGUAACCUACUUUGUAUGCGUAUGUAACGUGUGUGCGUACAAAAGAAUGUAGUGUCUAUCCCAGGAGAGCGUCUAUACUUUCAGGUACACAUCAAAUAAACUAUACUUGCAAGGCUGUGCGUUCGACCGUUCGCGUACACGUAAAAAACAGACUACUCCAGGCUUUAGAGUUGUUGUGAAAGGCCGAGCUUUGAGCAUCACACUGUUGUUACUUACAAAAUAUGUGUUUGUGUGACUGAAUGACGUAGCAGAAGUAAUCUGAAAAUUCCAGCGUGUGUUGUUUCCCCAAAACACACUUGAUUAAUAACACAUCGCAUGCCUGCUUGGGUUUGUGUAACACACUGACCUAGACCGUCUCGUGCACACUUAUCAACCUUCUUUCACUCACAGCCUGCGAUCAUCCAAUACGAAGUAGCUUUCAAAUUUGUUUUUGAGGAUGUUUUGUACCUUUGUCGUGACCCAAACCCAUCCUCCCUCAUUACGGAAGCAGAAGUUGGAGUAAAAUUAGUUUGGACGAAAACCUACUUGAGUUCCCUCUAUGUUUUUAUUGUAAUUAUUUUUGUGAUCUUUAGUGUGAGAAAGUUUUCAACUUGCUAUGCUUUCUAUUUGUUCUAUUGUAAAAAUGUGUUGCUGCAGAUUGUUUUUCUAGCAAAGAUAAUGCUAGCCGUCUGGCUGGGGUUUAGCGGUAGGAGUCAAGGUUAAAUGGUGGUAGAUAUUGGGUGGGAGGGUGUUGGGGGUACAAAGCCUGAUAGCACUGGAAAUGGUGCUUUAGCCGAGAAAGAGUUUUUUGCACUAAAAGUCGCUUAUGUCCUUGGAGGGGGGAGAGCUUUGACAGACAAGACCUUUGAAUUUCUUUGAACGCACAGCCUUUUUAAUCUCCACCACCCACAAUUUACAUCUGUAGUUAACCAUUUGAAAAUCUAAGUAGGGAAAUACUUUGUUUUUUUGGAAGUUUUCGAGACUAUUAUGUGGCAUAAAAUGCCCUUCUGAACCUUUAUUUAUUUUAAUGUUAAACAAUUCCUUAGAUCAAAGUAGAUGAAGAAUCCACAGCAACCAAGCAACAACAGAAUGGUUUAUAUCCAGGAUCUUAAGCAUGUAGGUCUACGUAGCAUUUUGGUGGAGCUAUAAAGGUCUUUGUAAGUUCAGAGGGACUCAUUGGCUUUCUCUGGGGGUGCGUACACUUCGUUCAACGGUCCCAAAAAGGAGUUCAGGGGCAGGGUCCUAAAGCUUGACAAGUGGAAAAGGGUUGUGGAGAGAAUGUGCCUUAACAUAACAUGAGAUUGGGAGGAAAUCAUGGCUUCCAUUCCAGCUUUCCAAAUUAUUCUUGAAUUUUUGUGUCGGUUAAAUAUGUUUUAUUGAGAACAUUAUAUGAACCAAAAGGGUGUUUGUCCAGAGCUUGUCUAAUACACCUCAACUUGUAAAUAUAAACCAAUAGUUCAAAUUAUGCAUUGGGAAAUGUUGACUGCGGUGUAAGCUUAAGGAGAUUCAUUCAUCUUUACUUCCAUUUUGCGCUAUUUAUUGCUUCCGCCCCAAUGAUAACUCCACUGACAGACACUACACAGAGAAAGUGUAAUCCAAACCCAUUUAAAGUACUUCAGAAGCUCUGCAUAUGUAAUAUCCAAAUCUUAAUCUAUUUUGUGUGUUUGUUUGUUUAACUUAUUGGAGUCCAAACGCGUUAAGGAUUACAAUGACGACUGUAAUAAUCAUCGAAGAUAAUUUGAUCAACAGAUGGUUGCUUUCGUAGAUGUUCUGUCUGGGUUGAAGCACAACUAGCUGAGGACGACAUGAUGCAUGGCUAGAUUCGCACAGUUGUUCUCACCUGACCCACUGCUGUCUGAUGCCCAGCAGGCACUUUGCACAAGGAGUGGCUUGUGGGCAGUGGGUACUAGUUUGCACAGUUUGGGAUGGGUGGGUGACAUUUUUUGUGCAGGUUGGGCAGGGGAACAGGUCUUAAAUAGGGCUUGGGUGAGCCACGUCAGGUAUUGCUGUGCCAUUAUGUGUGUACCUAAGGAAUUAUAGCCAUCUAAGUCUCUGACUGCCUCAGCUGGUUAUGUUUCACCGAUCAAGGAGAUCUUCCGGAGAACAAAUGUCAGCGUGUGUGGUCGGAGGAGGCAGGGGGAUUUGGGGGAUUAUGGGCCAUCAUCUAUGCUUCUCAGGUUAAAUAUCAGUCCAUGUCCAUUUCUGUUCUUUGGUUUAGGCUCAAAUUUUGCCUUUCUGUGUAAUCAAAGCUUUAUUGUACUUUUAUAGUACACAAACUAAAUAUAUGCGUUUUGAAGAUUCUAUAUCAAAAGCCAACUACCCUUGUGACCACAGCACCCUCAUUCUUUGCUUAAUAACUGUAUAUUCAUGUCUAGCAUAUUAAAGAAUUGCAAAUGUUAAGUUCAGUUUAUGGACGUUUAAACAUUCGAGAAAUGUGUGGGCUUCAGAAUGAAGCCAAGACAGCAGUGAAUUGUGGGACCGGAGACAUUAACGUCUGAGGUCUUCAAAAAGUCAAGGAUGCAUUCCAUAACUUUCUCAUAACCGUAAUAGCUGUUAGAACGAACGGAUGCAGGUAGAAGGAAAAGAGAUGGGUUUCAAGUCUUAAAGGACUUUUUUUAACGGUUGGUUUCUUUAUUCCUCUAUGCAGAAUGUCCAGAGAAGGGAAUGUGUUGGGCUUUAAAAAGCCAUAAAGCUGAUUGCAGUUCUGUGAUUGUAACAAAAAAGCACUUUGCGAAAGGCCAUCCAGAAUAUUUUGUGCUGUCUUCUUUGAUUAUUACCGUUGUUGUUUUUAUUGUUGUUUUUUUCUCUUGUUGAUGCGUUUUUGUUAUCUCAUUGUGGAUGUAUUGAUUUAUUUAAAUGCAAAUACUACAUGAAAACAAAAGAAACUUGAAUAUGCGAAAUAUUUGGGUUGAAGUCCAUAUGAUCUGCCGCCCUAUACCACAUACAUCUCUGGAUAGACAAAGCAAAACAAGGAAUGACAUGUUGUCAUAAAUGUUUUCCUUUUAACAUGUUUCCACCUGUAAACCCACGUAAUGAUAAAAAGAGUUAAGGUAUAAAAUCUUCCUGGAUUUUUUAAUGUUCUGCAAAAUGCAUCAUAGACAUAGAAUUUCUAAGAAUGUAAAGCUAGGUUAUUGGUAUUGUUGGGGCCUACCUAUCCUGAACGAUAUUAACACACAUUAAACGCCUACAGAUAUUUAACUUCCUAUUUAAUCCAACCUUUCAAGGCAGUAAGGUUGGACAAUAUGAAAAUGUCUUGCAUUUGGGAGAGAUAUAGUUUCCUUCUAAGUUGUUAAAUGGUAAUUCCACUGUCAUAAUGUAUUUUCCACACUGCAUGAUGUUGUUUUUUUAAUUGUUUCCUUUCUUUCCAGUUUAUAAGGGACUCAUUACAUGCUAUAUUCCAAGCUAACGUCUCUUGUACAUUUCACGCAUCAAAUCUGUAUGAAUAAUUUAUCGAGUGAGUAAUCAGCUGGAUGGAUGCAACAAUAAUUCAUUUUUAGGCUUUGAGGGCACUUUUAACACUUGCGUAGACUUUGGGGCGGCAGAAAAUUCCCAGUGUCUCAGGCUUGGACAGCAGAAACCCUAUUCUAUUUUUUGGUUAAAUCAAGUCCUGUUCCUUUCCAUUGUCUUUCAGUGUGUGUUGAAGCUAUACAGAUGUUUUGGAGAAUUUGGGAGAAUUUGCACUUUUGGCGAUGAAAAGAAUUUGUAUUGUAUAUGAGACCACUAAAUCUACAUCGUCUAAAUCAAACAAUUCCAUCUUGUUUUUCUUUGUCAUUUUAUUCUAUUUUUUUCUUUUCGUUUUGUUUUUAUUUUUACAAGAUAUAUCCAAAAAUGUCUGACGUUUAAAAAAUAAGACAUUUCUAUUAAAAACAGAAUGUUUACGACCA